CUCAUCGGUGCCGGGAGCUGCCACCCAGCCAUGGAGGGGGAGGAGGAGCAGCCACCUCGGGAGGCUGACACGGAACCCAUCGUGAUGUCGGGGGCCUCAGAGGUGGUGCCCAGGGUACUUUCCGGAGAACCCCAGAACCUGUCCGACGUGGACGCUUUCAACCUGCUCCUGGAGAUGAAGCUGAAGAGGCGGCGAGAACGGCCAAACCUGCCGCGCACGGUGACAGAGCUGGUGGCCGAGGAUGGGAGCAGGGUGUACGUGGUGGGCACAGCCCACUUCAGUGAUGACAGCAAGAAGGACGUUGUGAGGACCAUCCGGGAGGUGCAGCCCGACGUGGUGGUCGUGGAGCUCUGCCAGUACCGCGUGUCCAUGCUGAAGAUGGACGAGAGCACGCUGCUGCGGGAGGCCAAGGAGAUCAGCCUGGAGAAGCUGCAGCAGGCCGUGAGGCAGAACGGGGUCAUGUCUGGACUCAUGCAGAUGUUGCUGCUGAAGGUGUCGGCCCACAUCACUGAGCAGCUGGGCAUGGCUCCUGGCGGCGAGUUCCGGGAGGCCUUCAAGGAGGCCAGCAAGGUGCCUUUCUGCAAGUUCCACCUGGGCGACCGGCCCAUCCCCGUCACCUUCAAGAGGGCCAUCGCCGCACUUUCCUUUUGGCAGAAGGUCAAGUUGGCCUGGGGCCUGUGUUUCCUGUCGGACCCUAUCAGCAAGGACGACGUGGAGCGCUGCAAGCAGAAGGACCUGCUGGAGCAGAUGAUGGCGGAGAUGAUCGGCGAGUUCCCUGACCUGCACCGCACCAUCGUCUCGGAGCGCGACGUCUACCUGACCUACAUGCUGAGGCAGGCCGCCCGGCGCCUCGAGCUGCCGCGCUCCUCUGACGCCGAGCCCAGGAAGUGCGUGCCCUCCGUGGUGGUGGGCGUCGUGGGCAUGGGCCACGUCCCCGGCAUCGAGAAGAACUGGACCACUGACCUCAACAUUCAGGAGAUCAUGACCGUCCCCCCACCGUCCAUCUCCGGCAGAGUGUCCCGGCUGGCCGUGAAGGCUGCCUUCUUGGGCCUGCUGGGCUACAGCCUGUACUGGAUGGGGCGCCGCGCCACCAGCCUGGUCCUGUCACUGCCCGCCGCCCAGUACUGCCUGCAGAGGGCCUCCACGGCCUGGCCGCACAAGUAGGAAGGACAAAGGGAGCCACCCCGUCCGAGGGGGCCGCACGCGGCUGCUCCCGUGUCGCAGCCGAGGAGCACGGGGGCCAGCCCCCUGAGGAGCUUCUGGGUGCCACCCCCUGUGGGGGUCCAGGCCCAGCCUCCCCUGCCCUCCCCCAUCCUGCCCAAAUAAAGAAUUAUUUAACUGCUCUGAGCUCAGGCUUCCCAGCCACCGCUCCCCCUCAGGGGCUGUUCACGGGGCUCACGGGCAUCGAUUGGACAAGCUGGUGGGGGGGCUGAGGUGCAUGCUGCGCCACCAGCCUCCGGCCCAGCCUCACUGUGCCUUCUCACAUGCCUGCAGCAGGAGUGCCUGGCCCGGGAGCAUCUCACGGAGGGGUCUGAGCCAGUGGGUCCUGGGCUGGCACAUCUGGGAAGGGACGGAUUGCCCCACACAGCUCUGGCGUGGCUCCUGGGAGCCGUCCUCCC